CGACGAGAAAGAGGAGGAAGAAGAAUCUACGGAUACGCAAAUACGUAUAUUUUCCUCGUCGCGAAACCUAAAAGAGCUCAAUUGUUGAAUCAAGAAGAUUUUGAAGUUGGAAGAUGAUGGGGCAAACGAAUCAAGGCUCGAGCUCAACUUUUGCGAAUACGCGUAAAAGGGGUCGUCCUCUCGGAGAUGAAGGCCAGGGUGUUACUAGCACUGAUGAGAAUCUGAUAGGUAGAGUGUUCUCUGGUGUGGUUGAAGGUUCUUUCGAGGCGGGAUACUUUCUCAACGUAAAGGUCCUUGACACGGAGAAGCAACUCAAAGGCAUCGUUUUCUUACCAAAUAAAGUUGCUCCUCUUACUCCAGCUACUGAUUUGUUUCCCCAAGCUAAGAUGUAUGUCAGAGAAGCUCCCUCUUCAACUCCACCAGAUGUGGAGAAAAAUCAAGCUGGUGACUUAGGUUCUGAGCCUCGAAUUGACAAAAACCAAUCUGCUAUGCUGCCUGAGAAUCAGCCAAUGAGUCUUGGUUCCGCGGCUAGUGAUGAGAGGAAUCAUCAUCACCCUAUGGAUAAUACAGAGAUGAAUGGUCUCACUGAAACUGAAGGCCAAACCCUCUCUCUGAUGCCACAGUUUGCUAGUGAUGAUAUACCUAAAGAGGAUCACACUCUCCUGAGACCUGAAGCUUGUGAAGCAAGUAAGACAGCAGUUGCAGUCACUUCUUCUUCACCUGAAGAUUCGUUUGCUAAAGGUUCGACUACUUUCGUUGAUUUCUUCCCAGCACCUGCAACGAAUCUAAAACAACCCACGGGAUCCAGCUCGUCGUUCAGCCUUGAACUCUUUCAGAAUGAGACUAAGCAACCAGGAACUGAGGAUGACAAAUCUCCUGCAGAUGCUCAGCCUCGUGGAGCGGAGGUGAAAUCGGCUUCUCCUGUUGAUGAUGAUGUGCCAGAGGAGCUUCAGCUAGAGCUUGGCAACAAGAAAAUGAAUGCCUCAGCCCUUGUAACUGAACCUAUUCCUGAUCAGCCUGCUGUAUCUAAGAGUGGUUUCUUGGUGGAUUUGUUUGACAGUAGAGAAGAGACCGUGAAAGAACCAGAAGAAAGUCAUGCAGGUUCAGAGAGUGGCUUCCCAGAGGCUUCAACACAAGUAGAUGAUGAUGUUGAUUCUUGAGAAGUGGAUUGCAAAGAAGCUGUUGGUAUUGUUCAGAGCAGAAGCGCUUUCGUUUUCCUUCUUUUGCUUAGAAACUUAGGCUAGUUAGCGAACUUGUCAGGCUCUUUCUUCUGUCUCUCUUUUGUGGCAUUGUGUUUUUGUUCAUUUGCCAGCAAACAUGCUUUUUCCUAAGUCUUUUGCCUUAGUUUUUUUCUUCACGUCUUGUUGCAACUUUAUCUUCCACAUUUCAAAAAUGUCGGUAAAAUCUACAAUAUUGUAUAUAUCUCAGAAUGACCCACUCGCCGCAAUAUAUAGACAUCCUUCUUUUC